AUGCCCAAUGGAAGUCUAGAUAAGUUCCUCUACGACCAACCACAAUUCACCUUGGAUUGGACCCAAAGAUUUGCAGUCAUCAAAGGCGUAGCAUCAGGACUUUUCUAUCUACAUGAAGGGUGGGAACAAGUGGUAGUUCACAGAGAUGUCAAGGCCAGUAAUGUCUUAUUAGAUGGUGAAUUAAAUGCAAGAUUAGGCGAUUUUGGUCUUGCGAGAUUGUAUGAUCACGGGACUGACCCUCAAACAACCAUUGUGGCCGGGACUUUUGGGUAUCUAGCCCCUGAACAUGCCAGAACUGGCAAGGCCACAAUAAGCACUGAUGUAUAUGGUUUUGGGGCUUUUUUGCUAGAGGUUGUUUGUGGAAGGAGACCAAUAGAGCCACGACGAGAAUCAAGCGAUCAAGAUCUGGUUUUAGUCGAUUGGGUGUUUUCGUGCUGGAGCAGAGGUGAGAUUCUUCAAGUAAUUGAUCCAAAUUUGGGCAGUGAUUACAUUGCAGAUGAAGUGAAGUUGGUAUUGAAGCUUGGCUUGUUGUGCUCUCAAUCAGAGCCUGUAGCUAGGCCGAGUAUGAGGCAAGUUCUACAGUAUUUGGAGGGCUCCAUUCUUCUGCCUGACUUAUCAUCACUUGGUAUUUCGGCCACUGGCCUAACGUCUGCAAAUCGUCAGGGCUUUGAUGAUUUUUCCAUGUCGUAUCAGUCUUCUAUGGAGUUUGCAUGUCCACAUUCACCAUCUGUUGCAGAAUCCCUUCUCUUUGGAAGUCGAUGA